AUGGGUGGUAUUGUAUUCCGUAUUGCUGAUACGGCGAAAAAGGUCAAUGCAAUUAAGGAUGCAGAGUUAAGACUUUGUUGUUAUAUUGCUGAACAAAACUUGCCUAUGCUUUUAAUGGAUACCCUUCCUUUAUUAAAUAAAGAACUGUACCCUGAUUCAAAUAUUGCCAAAAAUAUAAAUAUGAAACGGUUAAAAGCUAUAAAGCUAAUUACUGGCGUAUUGGGACCAGCUUUUAAGACUGAAAUUAUUAAUGAUCUAAAAAAUGUCAAAUUUUCUAUAAUUAUUGAUGAGACAACAGAUUUAAGUGUUAAAAAGUCAUUAGUAAUUGUAACCAGAUAUUGGAGGCAGGGACAAAUCCAAGACCGGUUUUUGGAUUUGGUUGAGGUCGAAGAAGCGACUAGUGAAGCUCUAUUCAACAUAAUAAAAAACAUUUUAGUGGAAAAUGGAAUCCCAUUUGACAAUGUCAUUGGUUUUGCUUCUGACAACGCCAGUACCAUGAUGGGAGUUGUAAAAGGUGUCCAGGCUCGAUUUAAGGAAAUUUUGUCUCACAUUUAUGUGCAAGGUUGCACUUGCCAUUCCCUUCAUCUCUGCUCUUCAGCUGCAGCAAAAAAACUGCCAAACAAUGUCGAGCAGUUUACAAGGGAUAUUUAUGCAUACUUUGCCCAUAGCAGCAAGAGGAUUUCUGAGCUAAAGGAAUGUCAGAUUUUUGCUAAUGAAAAGUCACAUAAGAUGUUACAUCCUAGUCAGACAAUGUGGAAUGUAGUUUUUAAUUUUUAACUUUCUUUUCAGAAUGUUGUAGACAGAAUUUUGGAGCAUUGGAAUUCUUUAAUCUUAUUUUUUCAAAGAGCAGCUUUAGAGGAUAAUCUUCCCAGUGCAAGGUCCAUUUUAAAUGCUCUGCAAAAUAUAGAGUACAAAUUAUAUCUACUGUUUUUGGCUUAUGUUUUAGAAUUAAUUAACAAGAAAGUGUAA